UAUCAGUCUACCUGUUAUGUCCUUUUCACAAACCAGGCGAGAGUGAAAGACACAGGCAAGGAUACCCGAAUCAGACUAAUUAGUCGCAACGCCUCGCCGUUCUCUAUCAUUUUUGCCUUCUCAUUUGUUAUUGAACCAUGGGCAAGAAGUCAAACAAGAAGAAGAACAAGAAGUCGGAGUUCGAUGACUUCUUUGAUAAGAAGGAGGAGGGGGCUGGCUGGAUGACCGGCGUCUCGGCAAUGGCGCUGGACGAUGAGAAGAAGUCUUCCGAGGCGGGCGCAGCUGAAGCAGACAUGGACACCGGUGAUGGGUCCAAAGCAGCCAAGAGCGGUCUGGGCGUGCAGAAAUCGUCCAUGAAGGCUGUGCGCGGGCAACGGACAAAGACACAGAAGCUGCGGAAAGCAAAACUUGCGGAGAAGGCCACCGCUCGCGCGGACAAGGUGGUGGUGAGGGUGGGGACAAAGGUGGCGUUGAAGCAGAAGAAGAGCAGCUUGAAGCACAUCUACUGAUGUGCCUGGUGUUUUGCAUACGCUUUGAAUUAAGGGGCUCGUACACGGACGAUUCCUACGUCUUGUUUCGGUAGUUCAAAGGAUGUCGCGCCCUCUGGAGGCGCUGGCUCUGGCUCGUGGAAGAUGGGAGGACUGGAGGAAUAUGGUAUUCUCCAUUGACUUUGAAGCCGAGAUGCGCAUAUGGUGGUAUGGACGAGCCGGCUGUGACUAUGACUGCUGUUGGCAUGAUUUGGCAGCAUGACCCCUACAGGGACAGGUUGGGGCACCGGGUUGUGGUGUAGUUUGUGUGAUAAGAACAAGGAUGGAGGCCCGACUAUAUGCUAUGUGGCAGUCGGUGUGCAAACGCGCGGAACAUCAGCGCUGCACUUGCGAGUGGAUGGCGGCGCUGUUGCCCGGACCAUAUUUGGGACCAUGCGGUAGCACUGGACCAGGAAUACGGUACGCAGGGAAUAAGCUGUCAGUCAUUCUUUCAGACGGAGCAGUACGGGCUCAGAGGAAGCGGGCAGCUUCAAGCUCUUGUUUAGCAGUAACCGUGACAUGUUGCCCGACACUGAAGGCGGUGUGGCGCAUGCCGGGAUCCGAGGUGUGCUCUGCAACGCGCUCGGCGUGCAAUGGUGCAAGCUGUCUUGAGACAUACGAUAGAUUGGCAAGGCAGAGGGAGUGCCCCUGCAACUCCGCGACUCCGCGAGGCCGGUAGACUGUACGGU